GCGGCUUGGUCUGCCAUUGUGCAGUGGGUAUUGAUGUUUAUGGUGACGGUUAGCGAUGUAUGUUUAUCUUACCUCAGGGUGCAUUUCUUUUUAUCACGUCGUGAUUAACAACUUUCUGUAGACACUGCCGAGAUUAAAAUGACAGAUUUCGGAAAUUCUAUAGAGGACUAUGAAUUCUACGAACAGGUGGGCAAAGGAGGUUUUGCCUCUGUUCAUCGUGCUAUCUGCAAAACAAAUGGUAUCCCGGUCGCAAUUAAAAUGAUAAACAAGAAGCUGAUGCAGGCUGCUGGUAUGGUCAACAGAGUAAGACAAGAAGUGGCUAUUCAUUCCAGGCUUAGCCAUCCAUCAAUUCUUCAACUUCAUGCCUUUUUUGAAGACAGUGACUUUGUGUACCUAGUUUUGGACUUGUGUGAAAAUGGUGAAUUCCAACGCUAUCUGAAAUCUUUGGGUCAUCCACUCAAUGAGGAUGAGGCACGUGAGGUUAUGAUUCAGUUGUUAGAGGGAAUGCUUUACCUACAUUCACACAACAUCCUUCACAGGGAUCUCUCAUUGGCUAAUCUACUUUUAACAAAAGAAAUGAAAAUUAAAAUAGCAGAUUUUGGUCUUGCCACACAACUUUCUCGACCAGAUGAAAAACACAUGACGAUGUGCGGAACUCCCAAUUAUAUAUCUCCAGAGGUUGCUACGCGCAGCUCGCAUGGUUUCGAAGCAGACGUUUGGGGUCUUGGCUGUUUAUUGUAUACUCUACUAGUAGGACGGCCUCCCUUUGACACCGAUGCUGUGAAAUCGACUUUGACACGCGUUGUAAUGGCCGACUAUAAGUUGCCAGUGACAAUGUCAGUAGAGGCCAAAGAUCUGAUCCAGCGACUUCUAAAGAAGAAUCCGAAAGAAAGACCGUCUUUAAUGGAAGUGAUGGAACACCCUUUUAUGAAAAAACGUAACCGUAAUGAUACUGACAGCGGCCUUUUCACUAUGUCGACUGUACCGUCCCUGAUGGCCCCUUCCAUUAAACUACAAACACCUAUGCUGCCGAAGCUGCGACGGUGUAACAGUAACAGAGAAGUGAAUACAGGUCCAAUUUUAGCCUUGCCCAAAUCUACUUCCACCAGCAAUAAAACCUCCACUCAUUCUUUACCAGACGGCCGAAUGCAUUCCGAAAUUAGGAAUCGUCAAGUUCAAUCUUGGGGUGAACCUUGCAUAGAAACUGCAUUACCAACUGCAAUUUCUCGAGAGAGACAAUGUGACGAUCAGUGCGGAAGACACAGUUGCCACCAUAACCCUUGCCAGCACAGCUUUAACAAUAGAAGUACGCAUUGCAGCCAUCACUCUCCCUGUCAAAGCAUGUGUUCGCAUGCUGGCAGCUGCCAGUGCCAUGCUGCGAAACCACCAAAGCCGAAUCCGGUUAACCCAUCUAAUAGGAGUCGCUGCCUAAACGAACUGACUCCACCACUUUCUACCGCUCGCCUGAAAGCUACUAGACAGCGAACAAAGAAUGCUGUAUGUUCCAUUCUUGAACAAGGCGAAAUUUGCCUUGAAUUCAUUCGAACACGAAGUGGUGCAGAGCGUAUUGUAGAUGUUUGUCGAAUCUCUGGUGAUGGAAUGAGAAUCGUUCUGUAUCAGCCUAAUAAUGGCAAAGGUAUACCGGUAGCUGAUGUCCCUCCACCAUUGCCUUCAAAAGGGUCAGAUGCUAUCUACUGUUAUGAAAAUCUUCCUUCUGAACACUGGAAAAAGUAUCUAUAUGCCUCUAGGUUUGUAAGUCUGGUCAAAGCAAAGACGCCAAAAGUAAUUUUGUAUAGCGAUCGUGCCAAGUGCCUUUUAAUGGAGAACGGACCUAAUGCCGACUUUGAAGCGCUCUUCUAUUCUGGAUGGAAAAUGACACGUACUACAAAUGGCCUUCAGAUAACAGAACCUAGCGGUCAAACGACAACACUGACAUUGAAAAAUGAGGAACCACACCUAGACCGCGAAAGCAUAAGAGACUUGUGGCACCACCUGAAAGAGUGUUUAGCUCACUGUGAACGGGUUGAGGAAGUCGUUAAUCAGCUUGCCUCGCUGCCGAUAGCCAAUGGCUCUCUUCCAUUCUUUCCAAUUACUAUCGGACGAAAGCCGAUGGCUCCAAGCUCAAACAAACAGUCGUGUAGCAACAAAGAGAAUCAAGUAACGGAACCUGUGCUUAGCGGUUUGAAAUCCUUUGACGGAUCCGUUCGCAGCGCCGUCAAUAAUUCUGGUAAAACCUCAUCUCUCCGGCGGUUAGAUCACCCUAAACUGGUUAAUAUAACCCGCACAGUUGAAGUGUUCGGCAUCGGCCGAGCUAUCCAGAAAUCCUCAGGAGAUGUGGAAGUCCAUUUCAACGAUGGUUCACGAAUUGCAAUAGCUCCAAAUUCGAGCACCGUUGUUUUCAGUCACUCCGAGCACAGCAGCGCCGAAAUUUUCAACACCAAAGAAGCGUUGCCAGACGAGGUACGUCAUAAACUGUCACUGGUACCUAAAGCCGUGGAACAACUGGUGAUGUGCAAUCGAGGUCCACCGCAGCCGAAGUAUGGAGUUCUUCGGUAGCAGCGGAUAGCUUUUAGAACGCUGCAUUAAUGCUGCUGUAUAUUACCUAUUGCUUGAUGAGCUUUUUUUUUUUUUUUCUUUAUCUUAUUUUACCUUUUUUUUCAAAAAUCCGGUUGUUGUAUGACCAUAUGUAUGUAUUCUACUAUUUUAACGGUUUGUGCUGAACGUUGCACGCAGGCUCAGUAAACGAAUUGCCAACCGCUCAGGUGAUAGAACCCAAUUUCUGGAUUCAGGCUUCGAAAAUAAAAUGAUGUAACACAUU